AUGGAGGCGGAUGCCUAUAUUCAGGCAACCGACCUCUGUAAUACUGGAAAGCAGUCGGACGACAAGAGGUCCGACAAAAGAGAGAGCCGACAAAAGCAGCCGGCAAGUAAAGAAGAUAAAAAGAGAAAAGAAAUUUCGGCAGCCGACUCCUCUGAACAGCCGUCCCAGAAAAAGAAAAAGGACUAUAAACUAUACUCUCCCAAGUAUGAGUUCAACAAGGACAGUCAUGCUAUCCUUAAUGAAAUCAAUGGCCGGAUCACAAUUGAGAAGCCGGCCGCCAUGAAGGGUUCUAUCAGCAAUCGGAACCAAGAUAAAUACUAUCACUAUCAUGAGGAUAUUGGUCAUGAAACCAAUGAAUGUAUCAGCCUUAAGUGUCUUCUGGACCGCCUAGCAGAUAAAGGAGAUCUUGACUCUUAUGUCAAUAAGUCCAAGGGGAAACAACCUCUCAAACAGAAACAGGCGGCCAAAAAGAAGCAACGGACGACCGACAAUUCUAACACUGAUGACACGCCAAUUUAUACCAUAGCUGGCGGCUUCGCAGGAGGUGGUCCUACCAUCCGUGCCAACAAAGAUAACAUCAAGCGGCUGGAUAUUAACUCCGUCGAGAAAGGACGGACCUCCAAAAGCUCAUUCCCUGAGGUUGUGAUUACUAAGAAAGACUUGGGAGGCGUUAGAGGGCCGCAUGACGACCCUAUUGUAAUUGAAUGCAAAGUGGCUAACCAAAGAGUCGAUCAAAUACUUAUUGAUACUGGAAGCUCAUCUGAUCUCAUCAGUCAUCGAUGCUUGACCAAACUGAAGUACAAAACUGAAAGCAUGCAACUUGUCUCCCAUCCUUUAGUAGGAUUUGGAGGAGGGGUCGUCCACCCAGUUGGACGGGUGGGUCUGCCUAUCCGCCUGGGCGAGAAGGGUGAGGGCCGUCACAUGGUGGUCCGGUUCUUAGUAGUUGAAGAGCUCUCGGCCUACAACAUAAUCUUGGGGCGACCCACCUUGAACAAUUCCAAAGCUGUCAUCAUUCCAUCUCUCAUGUUGCUCAAGUUCGAGAAGGAUGAUGGAACAGUCGGCUCCCUAAGAGGAGACCAGAAGAUGGCAAGAGAGUGUUUUCUCUUAGAUAUCAAACCCCCUGUGGCAACUGCUUGUCCUAGUGGAGAGAAAACUAACCUUGAGUAA